UUGGGUAUAAAUUUAAGCAAACCGAUGGAACCAUGGCCGAUCUUCUUCAAUAUUUACAAAAAUAGCAUUUAUUACCAUAAGACUUAUCAAUGUAUCUACCCAAAAAAAACUAUUUCAGUUUGCAUUAAUAGUAAUUCAUUUUUUAUUGUUCCCUUAAAAUAAAAAAUAUCUAACAUUAUUAAAAACUAUUUCAAACUUGUACAUCAGAUUUUACAGCUAAUUUCUUAAAAUAUUUUUAACUACGUGUUAAAUGUUUUAAAUAUUUUAUUUUUUGUGAAAAAAAUUCCCCAAAUCUUAUAACAUUAUAAAAAAUGCCCUCACUUUUACGAAAGUUUGUGUAAAAGGGUGACUUACCUCAAAUGAAUGUUCCGUAUUUUGUGGUGUUGAGCGAAAAUAAAGUUUUGCCUCUAUUGAUAUUUGUUACUAACUUACUUCACCUUGGCAACGAGGAAGUUUGUUUAGUUUUCACCAAUUUUCUUGUCCAUUGAGUAAAAGUUUUUCGAUGCAGCAGCAUGUCCAAAGCAACCACAAUUAAGGAGGCACUGAAGCGAUGGGAGGACCGGGAGCAGCAAAAUUCCCUGACUGCCAAGAACAUUGAUCUGCAAUUCCAGUGGCCGCCCAUCGAGAAAAUGGACAGCACAUUGGGCACGCUGGUGCAGUGCGAGAGAAUCAGUAUGUCCACUAAUAUGAUUGAGAAGAUUUUCGGCUUAUCGGGCAUGAAGUGCCUUAAAGUGUUGUCCUUAUCAAGGAACUACAUCAAGCAGAUUUCGGGACUGGAGGCUGUGGCCGAAACGCUGGAGGAGCUAUGGCUCAGCUAUAAUCUCAUCGAGAAAAUCAAAGGCUUGACAGGACUUAAGUGCCUCAAGGUGCUCUACAUCAGCAAUAAUUUGAUCAAGGACUGGUCGGAGUUCAAUCGCCUGGCCGAGAUAGAGUCCCUCGAAGAUCUGGUGGUGGUAGGCAAUCCUCUAUCCGAAGGAUUGGACGAACCAUCUUGGCGGGCGGAGUGCAUCAAGAGGUUGCCCACCAUCCGCAAACUGGACGGCGAACCCGUCGUUCUCAAUGAGGAGCCUCAGCUAUAAGUGCAUUCCUUAUCGAGUAAAUAAGUAAAGUAACAAAUUAUAGCAUUUAUUUGUCAUUAGAGCUUGCUUUUAAUUAUUCAUAACC